AUGACUGGAGGAAAUUUCUCUUCCUUUUCCCUCCUCCCGGGCGAGAUUCGAGAUCAGAUCUGGAACUUCUCAACACGUCCCAUUGGCGCCCGCGGAGUCCAAUACUUUUCAGGUUUGCAAUCGUGGGACAACACCAGCCCGAUUCCCGAAAUAUUCAAAAGUCACAUCGUCAACCGGACCUCGAAGUACCAGAACCAAAUUCUUGCAGCCCCUUUAGUUGGGGAUGACACAUCUUGCCCGUCCUGGUACGAGGGCAACCAGUCGACCUACGCCAUCGACGGCGGACUCUGGACCGCAUGCAAAGAGUCGCGCGCAGCGAUGGAUCGGCGCUACAAGCCAGAGGAAUGGGUCGACUUCCGGAAAAAGCAACGCAAGCAUUGCGACGACGACAAAACAUAUCUUUGUGAUUCGGUAGCUAGCAAGUCGAAGAACGAGCAAAUGCCGGCAACUUUCAAUGUGGAGUGUAGCGGGAGAACCCAAUCUUUGACCAUCUUACCCGGGUACGAUCUGCUACAUCUCGCACCGCAGGAAACCCAAGCGGAUUGGAACACAUUACUUCACUACAUGCCUUUUUCAUCUCCGGAGUUCGGCUUCGGUGGGAUCCGCCACGUUGCCGUGGACUUUGAUCCCUCGUGGAGCCUUGAAGAGCUUGGGAGAUAUCGUUUGGAGUGGGAGCGCAGUAUGAACUUUGAAGAGCACACCGAAGAAGACGAAUUGGACAUCCUUCGCUGGGAGAUGUACGACUGUUUGGCCAAGGCCACACGAGAAAUGUUCCAUUUCUCGAACCCGACAGUAUGGCUCGUGGACCAUCGUCUUCGACGCAAGAGCACGGUUCUCGACGAACACAUGACGGAAAUGGUUUUUGGGCGCUAUGGAUCGUGGAAAAAUGAGCAGCUGGUUUUUCACGCGGCUGGCUGUAGGUACUACGCCAUGCCUCACCAUUAUGCCUCUCAAUUUUGUGGCUACGACGCGGAAGAUGAUCCCGGCUGCGACGAUGAUGUGUUUAACUUCGUGAGUGAGUUGGAAGACGUGGGCGCUCGACAGGAGGCUUUGGAGAACCGGGGCGAUGUCGAUGGGUCCGAUGACGAGAAUAAAUAUUAUGCGACGACCCUAAGAAUUUUGGUAUGUGAAAGGGAUCAUACCUAA